AUGCCUCUAGAGAAUACUUCUAUGAACAUAUUCUCUUCAUAUUUGAACUCACCUCGCAUAGCAACGUUAAAGAACAUUAUAUUUAUCCUAUUUGUAUAUUCUUAUGUAUCUAGAAUUAUUAAUAAACUCGCAGUCCAAGGCGUCCGUCGUACUCUAUGGGAUGGCUAUAGGCUGAUAGGUGGGAUGAUAUUUAGAGCUAUCUCCAAAGCACCUGGAGCUAGUAGAAAAAUACAAGCAGAGAUGGAUAAAGCGAUCAAAUAUAUCGAGGAGAAAGUCGCUCCAAAUAAGCCCGGUGAACCGCGAUACCUUGCUUUACCAGAUACCGGACUGGAUGAAACGAAGCUUAAACAGGAGCUUAUUCGGUAUCAGGCCAUGGGUAAUAUUAAUUGGGAAGAAGGUCGCGCCUCGGGAGCAGUAUAUCACGGCGGACGUGAUUUCUCCCAACUCACCAGCGAAGCGUCUGCAAUGUUUUCCGUGACCAAUCCUCUGCAUCCUGACAUAUUUCCGGGCGUACGUAAGAUGGAUGCCGAAGUCGUGUCAAUGGUUCUGAAUGUAUAUCACGCACCGAAGGGAGCUGGUGGAACCACUACUUCUGGCGGGACAGAGAGUAUAUUCAUGGCGUGUAAAGCUUAUCGUGAUUGGGCAAAGGCCGUCAAAGGAAUAAGCGAGCCAGAAAUGGUUGUUCCCGUUACUAUACACGCAGCAUUUGACAAGGCAGCAUCUUAUCUUGGCAUUAAAAUGGUGCACACACCGAUUGAUCCAGUUACUUGUAAAGCAGACAUCAAAGCUAUAAGAAACGCUAUCAACCGGAAUACAAUAAUGAUCGCUGGAUCAGCUCCAAAUUUUCCGCACGGCAUAAUUGAUACUAUACCGACGCUUGGUCGAAUUGCAAAGCAACGGGAUAUUGGGCUGCAUGUCGAUUGUUGUCUUGGAAGUUUCCUAGUCCCUUUCCUUGAGGAGGCUGGCUAUCCGUCUGAGCCGUUUGAUUUCCGGGUAGAUGGAGUUACGUCAAUAUCAUGCGAUACUCAUAAGUAUGGGUUUGCUCCCAAGGGUUCAUCGGUUAUAAUGUACAGAACAAAGGCCCUUCGUAAAUAUCAGUACUUUUUUGCUCCGGAAUGGACUGGCGGUAUUUAUGCUUCUCCAUCGAUGGCCGGGUCACGGCCUGGUUCCUUAAUUGCGGGAUGCUGGACUGCAAUGAUGAAAAUGGGAAGGACGGGAUAUGUGGAUGCUACUAAAAGUAUCGUUGGAUGUGCUAAGAAGAUUGAAGCUGGUAUUCAUCAAAUGCCCCAAUUGUUUGUGUACGGCAAACCAUUGGUUUCUAUCGUGGCUUUUGGAUCUCGGACGCUUAACGUGUAUACGCUUGGUGACGUGCUCACAGAGAAAGGAUGGAGUCUCAACGUCCUUCAAAAUCCACCAGGCAUUCACAUCGCAUGUACGCUGUUAACUGUUCCACAUGCUGAUAAGUUUUUAGAGGAUCUCAAAGACGCCAUUUCCGUCGUUGAACAAAAGCAACGCAAUGGUGAGAAAGCGAAAGACACUGCCGCUAUUUAUGGGAUGGCUGCAACGUUACCUGACACCAAACUUGUUAACGAUGUUGCUGCAAGCUUUUUGGACGCUUUAUACAACGCGUGA